AUAGCGGGCUAGACAAUGGAGCCCUUCAGUUCACUUCCUUCAGCCAUGAUCUUCCGCGUAGUUUGCUUCGUUGUGUCGCUCUCGGUAGCGAAAGCCCAACAUCAGUGGCCCUAUCCAUCGUUCCAGCAGCAGAUUCAGCCACCGCCACAGGCUCACCAACCCAAUGGACCUUUUCCACCUGGUUUCCUGCCGAUCGGAUCCAACGGCCUCCAACCAUUCGACGGAUUUCCUUAUGGAAACAGGCCGAUUUACAAUGGCGGACCUCCUCAGCAAAUGUUUCCGCCUCCCCGGAUGCAACUAUUGCGAAUUCAACUUGUCUGCGAAUCCGUCCCCGCACAACAGCCACCUAUAAUCCGUUGGGUCCGUCGGGACAGCUCGACAGUAGCCAGCACGGCAAUUACCAUUGCGGAAGGAGCCAACGCCGUUGACCCGAAUAAGUACACCGUUAACUUGGAAAAUCUAUCAAAUGGAGUCAUUCGUUCUGUACUCACCAUAGUCAGACCUGAGCCGGACUCUAGUCAGGCGGCUUACAAUUGUCAAUCCGUUUCCUCUUCAACUUCAACGGCUGAGAGUCGUGAAGUUUACGUCAUUGGUAACCGCCAAUUCGUCAACGCCAACAUGGCCUAUCACGCUGCAGACACAUUUACACACAUCACUGGAAACUGGCAACAACGUUCGGCCGCUGGCCCUGCCACAGAGGCAGUUAAAAUAGUGACACCCAAUCCACUUUACCUUAACGAUCUGAAUCAAAGUGGUUGGGAAAUUUAUCACGAAGAUGAAACGCACGAAGAACGCAACUCUCCGACACACAAAUCAGUCCCGCCCUCUGUUGUUGCCGGCAAUCACACUUCGAUCUAGGUUCAAGACUUGCAAAAUAAUUUUAAGAAACGUAAUAAU